UUAUUGAUCAAUUAUAAAUUUUGAGUUUCAGAUUUUAUAGUUUGAGAAUUGAAAUUUAUCUACUAAAUUAAGAUGAUUUUUUUUAAAAAUCAUAGCUUGAAAUUUGACUGAAUUAGGGUUCAUAGGUCUUGAGAAAUUAGGGUUCUUCAGCGGUAGAAUCUAUUGACCCACAAUUCUAUACUAACUUCUCAGUUUUCUCCAGAGAGAGAAUGGGAAGAAGGGAGGUGGAGGAGCUGAGCGAAGACGAGAGAAGAGCUCUGAGAGGAAGCAAAUUCGCGCCUCUUCCCUCUAUUUCUUCUUCUUCUUCUUCUUCCUCUCGCUCUCAACCCAGAUUGGCGCAUCCCGGUGGGCCCUUGAAGACGAACAAGGCCGCGGCUCUAGCGAAGUUCCUGGAACGGAAGCUCCAAGAUCCUAAUGGAUUGGCUUCCAUCAAUCCCGAUCUUGUCGAAUUGGCCGUCAGAAACGCCCGAGAGACCGUUCUUUCAAGUGGCACUUCGAAUUCAGGAAUAACUAUUCAACAUGUCGACAAAUUCGAGGAUGCCGAGGGGUCCUAUGCCGAAGUUGAGGUAGAAACCUCCAAGCUCCAGAAGAAGAAGAAGAAGAAGAGAAAAUUGGAGAAAAAGAAGACAAGAAAAGAGAAGAAAAAGAAACACAAGGUCACCAUUGAAUGACGAAGACGCCACAGUGAGAAGAUCCAAGAAGAAAUCGAAUAUUUACUCCUUUGAUGCUAAUCACAGUUUUGUUUGGAAAUGGUUUAGCCGGUUAUCUACCGGUAAGUAGAGUUAAACCGGUUUUUCUUCCAAAGUAUUAGCAAAACCGAGCAGAUGUCUGUCUGAAAGAUUUUCUUCUGAAAUGAAUAUAUGUUGCUAUUUUGGUUA